CACGCCAUCGUGACUCUUCAGAGCUUUUUACCUACUCUUGUCUUAAAAAUGCCCAUCACAGCAUUCUUUAUUGAAUAUGAUGCCUUAGAUGUGCAACAUAGCUUCACAGAUGGAGAUACCAUCAAUGGGAGAAUCUUCGUGGAGGCCUUGAUGGAAAGUGAAAUCCAAUCAAUAACUUUUUUUGCGAAAGGAAAGGAAAGAUUUGAUUUGUCAACACAUGACUCUAAUUUUUACACCAACUACCCAUCAAAGGAGACAUUUUACAAUGUCAAACAAGACAUCUUGAAAACGGGUCCCCAAAUUAUUGGUGAAGGAAGACAUGUAUUUCCCUUUUCUUUCAAGACUCCUGACAGAGAAAUAACAGCUUCUCCACACUGGGUUCAGUAUAAGUUAAAGGCGAAGCUCAAACAGCCAAUGAAGCGAGAAAGAACUGUUGAAACUUACUUCAUAUUUUUUCCAAAAGAAAGCAUGGACAUCCCUCCACCCAUGGAACCUCAGUAUGUUCACAUCCAAAAAAAAGUCUUGGGUUCUGGAACAGUAACAAUGGAUGUUUACACCCAAAGAAUGUCAUACAAGCCAGGUGAGGCUCUCCAAGUCACAGCUGAAAUCAACAACAAGUCAAGUCAUUCAGUGAAGCCCACAUACGUACUGUACUGGAAGCAAAAUUGGGCUUUCCCAGGUCAAAGGAUAAUUUACGUGUUUCCUAUUCUUGAGAAAAAAGCCAAGCCAGUUGCCGCCCACAGUAGAAAGACUGUGACCAAGGUGAUCACCAUCCCCAGAGGGAUACCUCCUUCCAUCUCCAUCAGACCAGAACUCAACAAUGAGUACAUCCUGAAGGUCAGUCUGGAUAUGAUGGGGACAAACGUCACAAAAGUCAAGCUUCCAUUAUUUGUCCUGUCCGACAGUAUUGCCUCACAACAACAACAAUCACUGAAUGCUCUUGACCUUGCAUUUCAUGGAGAACAACCAAAAAAAAAGUCCCGAUCUAUAGACAACCCCAUUGACUUCAAAGAAAUGGAAAAAGAGAUGUACCUUUCUGAUGGAUGAGUGCAAACGAGAUUAUUCUGUCCAUACCACCGUGUUUUAAGGGUUUUCAUCAUACAGUCGGCAUCACAGAACAGGAGUAUCAUGGCCGAUACAGUAUGUACUGUACAUACUCUUUCUACUAGCUAACAGUCGUGUUCAUUCAGAGCCAGCUGGCCCAUUAGGCAUUAUAAGCAAAUGCUUAAAGCGCCGUGGCCUGCUAUAAGCGCCAAAAAAUGGGGGGAAAAAAUUCUUUUAAAAAAACGAUAGCAAAAGUCCUUUUUACAAUGAUCUCACAUUGAUUCACAAUUUAUAUUACUACAAAUGAUAACAAAUAAGUUGUUGUAUUGUUGAUCCGUUGAUUGUUGUGUUUAUCAAAUACAUAAAUGCCAACAACAGUAUGCUCUGCGCUCUCAGAAAAACGUACUGAUGGUGGUUCCUGGAGUCAGAACAGUUGGCUGAAUUCCAGUACGCUGCCCCUUUUGCUUGGAAUGACCUGCAAAAAAAUGACUUAAACUUAUCUGAAGUUGUUACGAGUAUUUAAGGGUAUUUUAAAGGAAUGUGAAAUGAACAGGCUUGGCCGAUGGUACUGUUUUUAAAUUCGUGAAACUGUUGUGUCUAGAUUGCCUUGUCAGAAACUUUGUGUUAUGCUGCCGUCUUGGCCAGGUCACUCGUCGUUAAACCUCAUUGAGAUGUUUAAUCUCAGUGAGGUUUACCUGGUUAUGUAAAAGUAAAAUAAAUCAUUUAUGAUCAUAUUGUUAUUAUUUUUUAUUCGCUUAUUUAUAGAAUGUUUAUUUUGUGGUAAGAGUAUUUAUGUUGUAUUUUAGAAUUUUUUUUUUGUAUUUAUUUGUAAUUUGUUGUCCACCAAGGUGGCAAUAUUAUUGUCUGCAUACACUCAAAGGAUUCCUGGCCAAGGACAAUUUAAAGCAAAUCUUUGUACUCUAUUUAUAUUGUUACAUUUAU